GCCAAAGCCGCUCCCGACUGGGAGGCCGGGCUCGGAGCUGCCGAGGCGUGUCCGGGUCUCCGGGGGUUCCGCGGUGAUCCCGGGUCCUUUGAGGGUUGCGUGGAGCUUCCGGAAGGCCUGGCUGCGCCUUACGCUGGGCUGCGGGUUGGGGAGGAGGACGCGAGGGCUGAAAAGCCCCUUUGUCUUCUGUCCUGGUCGGAAGAUGGCACGGACUUGCCAUUCAGGCUAGGAAACCUCUCCAGGGAGUGCCAAACUAUAAGAGAGCACUGGAGUCGGCGGGGCCCCUGAGGACUCUGACAUCCUACUCAGGACUCAAAGGAUUCUAGUGUUGCCUCAGAGGACGAUACUUUGAGAACAGUGAGCGUCCCCCUGCGUUUGUAAGGGAACCUCCUUUAAUGGGAGCUGACUGAUAUGGUGGUGUGGGUGACUGGAGCCUCGAGUGGAAUUGGUGAGGAGCUGGCUUACCAGUUGUCUAAACUAGGAGUUUCUCUUGUGCUGUCAGCCAGAAGAGUGCACGAGCUGGAAAGGGUGAAAAGAAGAUGUCUAGAGAAUGGCAAUUUAAAAGAAAAAGAUAUACUUGUUUUGCCUCUUGACCUGACCGACACCGGUUCCCAUGAAGCGGCUACCGAAGCUGUUCUCCAGGAGUUUGGUAGAAUCGACAUUCUGGUCAACAAUAGUGGAAUAUCCCAGCGUUCUUUGUGCAUGGAUACCAGCUUGGAUGUCUACAGAAAGCUAAUAGAGCUUAACUACUUAGGGACGGUGUCCUUGACAAAAUGUGUUCUGCCUCACAUGAUCGAGAGGAAGCAAGGAAAGAUUGUUACUGUGAAUAGCAUCCUCGGUAUCAUAUCUGCACCUCUUUCCACUGGAUACUGUGCUAGCAAGCAUGCUCUCCGGGGUUUUUUUAAUGGCCUUCGAACAGAACUUGCCGCAUACCCAGGUAUAAUAGUUUCUAACAUUUGCCCAGGACCAGUGCAAUCAAAUAUUGUGGAGAAUUCCCUAGCUGGAGAAGUCACAAAGACUAUAGCCAAUAAUGGAGACCAGUCCCACAAGAUGGCAACCAGUCGUUGUGUGCGGCUGAUGUUAAUCAGCAUGGCCAAUGAUUUGAAAGAAGUUUGGAUCUCACAACAACCUUUCUUGUUAGUAACAUAUUUGUGGCAAUACAUGCCAACCUGGGCCUGGUGGAUAACCAGCAAGAUGGGGAAGAAAAGGAUUGAGAACUUUAAGAGUGGUGUGGAUGCAGACUCUUCUUAUUUUAAAAUCUUUAAGACAAAACGUGACUGAAAAGAGCUCCUGUACUUUUCAAGCCACUGGAGGGAGAAAUGGAAAACAUGAAACAGCAAUCUUCUUAUGCUUCUGAAUAAUCAAAGACUAAUUUGUGAUUUUACUUUUUAAUAGAUAUGAUUUUGUUUUCAACAUGUAAUGAAAUAAAAAAUAAUAAAAGAUUGCCAUGAAUCUUGCAAAAAAG